GUCCGCGAUUGGCUUCGCCGAGGCGGGAUCCUUGAGCUUCUCCGGCGGUGAGGGGAUCGCUGGUUACCAGAAGGGCUUCUUUGCAAGGCCAGUGGUUUCUGUCAGAUUUUCGCCGGUCACCACUGCUGAAUAUGAGACGAUCUGCAGCACCAAGUCAGUUGCAGGGGAAUUCCUUCAAAAAACCAAAAUUUAUACCUCCAGGAAGAAGUAAUCCAGGUCUGAAUGAAGAGAUUACAAAACUGAAUCCAGAUAUAAAAUUAUUUGAGGGUGCUGCAAAUAAUAACACCUUUCUCCCAUCACAAAAUGAUCCUAGAAUAUGCAGUUUAAAUCUGCCUAGUGAAGAAAGUACUAGAGAAAUUAAUUACAGAGAUAAUUGCAGUGGAAAAUAUUGUUUUGAAGCACCUACACUGGCAACAUUAGAUCCACCUCAUACAGUUCAUUCGGCUUCUAAAGAAGUAGCAGUGUCCAAGGAACAAGAAGAGAAAUCUGAUAGCCUAGUUAAAUAUUUCAGUGUUGUUUGGUGUAAGCCUUCAAAGAAAAAACAUAAAAAGUGGGAAGGUGAUGCUGUUCUUAUUGUAAAAGGAAAGUCAUUUAUAUUAAAGAAUUUGGAAGGCAAAGACAUUGGAAGAGGCAUUGGUUAUAAAUUCAAAGAGCUUGAAAAGAUUGAAGAGGGCCAAACACUGAUGAUUUGUGGAAAAGAAAUAGAAGUCAUGGGUAUAAUCUCUCCAGAUGACUUCAGCAGUGGCAGGUGUUUUCAGCUUGGAGGAGGAAGUACUGCUAUCUCGCGUUCUUCUCAGGUUGCCAGGAAAUGUUUCUCUAACCCUUUCAAAAGUGUUUGUAAACCAAGUUCAAAGGAAAAUAGACAGAAUGAUGUCCAAAAUUGCAAACCACGCCAUGACCCAUAUACGCCAAAUUCUCUCGUUAUGCCACGACCAGAUAAGAAUCACCAGUGGGUAUUCAAUAAGAACUGUUUCCCUCUUGUGGAUGUAGUGAUUGAUCCUUACCUUGUAUAUCAUCUUCGACCACAUCAGAAAGAAGGAAUCAUAUUCCUUUAUGAAUGUGUAAUGGGAAUGAGAAUGAAUGGCAGAUGUGGAGCUAUUCUUGCUGAUGAAAUGGGUUUAGGGAAAACAUUGCAAUGUAUUUCGCUAAUCUGGACCCUGCAGUGUCAGGGACCCUAUGGAGGCAAGCCAGUAAUAAAGAAGACACUAAUUGUCACACCUGGAAGCUUGGUGACUAAUUGGAAGAAAGAAUUUCAAAAAUGGCUAGGAAGUGAAAGGAUCAAGAUAUUUACUGUUGAUCAGGACCACAAAGUUGAAGAAUUCAUCAAGUCUAUAUUUUACUCUGUUCUUAUUAUCAGUUAUGAAAUGUUACUUCGUUCCCUGGAUCAAAUUAAGAAUAUAAAAUUUGAUCUUCUAAUCUGUGAUGAGGGGCAUCGUUUGAAGAACAGUGCCAUUAAGACAACUACAGCCCUCAUUAGCCUUUCUUGUGAGAAAAGAAUAAUUCUAACUGGUACUCCAAUUCAGAAUGAUCUGCAAGAAUUUUUUGCAUUAAUUGAUUUUGUAAAUCCAGGAAUAUUAGGCUCUUUGUCAUCUUAUAGGAAAAUAUAUGAAGAACCUAUCAUUUUAUCAAGAGAACCUUCUGCUUCUGAGGAAGAAAAGGAGUUAGGAGAAAGAAGAGCAGCUGAACUUACUUGCCUCACUGGACUCUUUAUCCUUAGAAGAACCCAAGAAAUUAUAAAUAAAUAUCUCCCACCUAAAAUAGAGAAUGUCGUCUUUUGCCGACCAGGAGCACUACAGAUUGAGCUUUAUCGAAAGCUGUUAAAUUCUCAGGUUGUCAGGUUCUGCCUUCAGGGGUUGUUGGAAAAUAGUCCCCAUCUAAUAUGUAUAGGAGCUCUUAAAAAAUUGUGCAAUCACCCCUGCCUUUUGUUCAACUCUAUAAAGGAAAAAGAAUGUAGCUCAACUUGUGAUAAAAAUGAAGAAAAGAGUCUAUACAAAGGCUUGCUAAGUGUGUUUCCUGCUGACUACAACCCUCUCCUGUUUACUGAAAAGGAGUCAGGAAAACUACAGGUGUUGUCCAAGCUCUUAGCGGUUAUCCACGAACUUCGACCUACUGAAAAGGUGGUGUUGGUAUCCAACUACACACAAACCUUGAACAUUUUACAAGAAGUAUGUAAGCGUCAUGGAUAUGCUUAUACAAGACUUGAUGGACAAACACCAAUCUCUCAAAGGCAGCAGAUUGUUGAUGGCUUUAACAGUCAACACUCUUCUGUUUUUAUUUUUUUGUUAAGUUCAAAAGCUGGUGGUGUAGGACUUAACCUCAUUGGAGGAUCUCACUUAAUUCUCUAUGACAUUGAUUGGAAUCCAGCCACUGAUAUUCAGGCAAUGUCUAGAGUAUGGAGAGAUGGUCAGAAAUAUCCUGUACAUAUUUACAGACUCCUAACUACAGGUACAAUAGAAGAAAAGAUCUAUCAAAGGCAGAUCAGUAAGCAAGGUCUUUGUGGGGCAGUUGUCGACCUCACCAAGACAUCUGAACAUAUUCAGUUUUCAGUAGAAGAACUUAAAAAUUUGUUCACAUUACAUGAAAGUUCAGAUUGUGUUACUCAUGACCUGCUUGACUGUGAGUGUGCAGGAGAGGAAGUUCAUACAGCUGCCAGAAGCAUCACCUGUGGGCCACUUAUAGCCAAAUUCUUCCUCAAGAAUAGCCCUCAGCUGAGAGGAUCUGCCUCACCCAAGAUUAUGCUCCUCCCCUGGUUGGCCAACAUUUGGUGACUGGUGGAUGCUGGGUAGGAAGCCCAGCACCCUUAUCUCAAUUCAAGACAAAUCUGUCAAAAGGAACAUUUCAGCUCCUUAGGUAAGGGUGCUGGGCCCUGUUUUUACAAUGGAUACCUAUUGUUCUUCAUAAAGUUGUUUGUUUGCCAAGUAGUGUGGGAAAUAACCUUCCAUCCAUUUCUCUGCCUCACUCUGAAAGCUUUAGUAUCCUGCAUGAGAGUGAUUUUGCAGUAGAAAUUUCAGAAGAGGCUGAAUUUCAUGGGAGAACCCAUGUGACAUGAAAUAAAGAUAGCAUAUGUGGCAUGGGAUCUCAGAGGCUGAGAAGUACAGAAGAUAGCCCUCUGGGAAUUGAGGAAGACUUUGGACUUUGACAAGCCAGGCAUUUGUGGGGGUUUAAACUCAUUUUAUCCACAUGUUAAGGGACCUUAACACCUGGUUUGCACAUAUAAAGCAGCUUUUGUGUGAGAGGUGCUGUUGAUAAGAAUUUUCCCUUUCUCUAUGUUCCUGGUCCAUAUGCUCAUGCGCUUGCACGCUCUCCCUCUCUCUUUUGGUGGAAUCCUUUGAGGAUGGGGAUUUAAUCUUACUUAUCAUAAUAUUCUCAGGACCUUGUAUGGGACCUGGCAUAGAAUAGCUAUUUAGUAAUUGAAUGAAUGAAUGAGGUACUUUACCUCUUUUACUUCUUUAACCACCUUGAUCAUGUUUCUUGCUCAUAGAUCUCAGUUUCAAGGUAUUUAUUUAAGCCAACUGUUGAGCAUGGAGCUGCGCUCAACACUGAAGAGAGCAGAGCCAGCAGUUUCUUCUUGUCUCUGACAGCAUCCAGACUUCCCUUUUUGUUUCUGUGAUCUGUCAAUCUGCUGCAUGAGCUGACAGAAGCUGCCACUGCAAUGGGUAAUAACUGAAGUCACAUACAUAAUUCAUUUCUAAUUACACAAAUACACCUUUCACACAGCUUUAUGUCAUAAUGUUCUGGUUCUAAACGACAGUGUAAAUACAUUUCAAUCACGUUUUCAUUAGGAUUGAAUUACUAAAGGUGAAUUUAAACACGAGCAGCUCUGAUCUGCAGAACUAAACUUCUAGACAGCCUAUCCAUCCAUUUAAAAGGGUGUAUGACAAAGGAGCAAGUGAAAAAAUCUGGCUGGCAUUUCAUUUGAGUGGCUCAAUUAUGGCCUACAGUCACAUUGCCUGAGCAACUGUGUCCUAAUAUUAUGUUGGCAAGAUUAAAGUUUUGACUGUGACUCACAGCAAAUAAUAUGUGUAAUUAGCAUAUGGCUUUGUUUUUCUGAAUUGUUCCCAAAUUAAUAUAUUUUAUCCUAGAGGGAUUUGUAGAUAUGCUAUUUUGGUAUUCAAGGAAGGCUUCAACAUGACUUGGUAGAAAGGGAUAUUAUUUUGUCUUACCUUGUAUGAUAUAAACAUGUUUUUGGUUUAGAACAGUUUCCUAUGGCACUUUUCUAUAGCUAACCUGGGAUCUUUGCUUCAAACCAUUACAAACUUCUAUCCCUAAAAUACUCUGUUGUUCACAAAACCAAUACCAAUUCAGAAUACAGCUUUUAUGAUGUAAAAACUGUAAAAAAAAAAAAAAAAAGUACCUUAUUGACAGACAAUAGUUUAUUGGAGUUUGUUACACUUACUUGAAAACCUGAAGUGUUCAGUGUGAUUUAAUCUUUACAAUUUUUUUAGAUUUAUUAAAAAAUUUUUUUUGAGUAAGAAGAUAAUAAAAUUCCAAAGCAGACCAAAAUUAACAAUUAUUUUUAUUUUUCUAGGAAAUGUCAACAAAAUACUGAAGACUUUUUUUUGAGUAGUUAAAAAAAUAUAACAUCAUAGAUGUCUACAGCAUAAAAAUUCUGGCCGGGCAUGGUGGCUCAUACCUGUAAUCCCAGCACUUUGGGAGGCCGAGGUGGGCAGAUCACAAGGUCAAGAGAUCGAGACCAUCCUGGCCAACAUGGUGAAACCCCAUCUCUACUAAAAAUACAAAAAUUAGCUGGACGUGAUGGCACGUGCCUGUAGUCCCAGCUACUUGGGAGGCUGAGGCAGGAGAAUCGCUUGAACCCGGGAGGCAGAGGUUGCAGUGAGCCAAGAUCGUGCCACUGCACUCCAGCCUGGGCUACAGAGCAAGACUCUGUUUCAAAAAAAAAAAAAAAAUCCUUUGUACCUGCAAUAUAUUUAUUUUCAUGUAUUCCUUUUUUUUUUUUUUUUUUGAAGUAGAGAUGGGAUCAUGCUAUGUUGCCUAGGUUGGUCUCAAACUCCUGGCCUCAAGCAGUCUUCCUGCCUCUGCCUCCCAAAAUAUUGGUAUUACAGGUGUGAGCCACUGUACCCAUUCCUUGUUUUAUUAUUAAAAAUUUCAUCUCUGGGAGUAUGCAUAGUUUAUGUAGUAAUUAUAGAUCAAGUUAGAAUUUGAAAUUGGGAGUUAAAAUGCUUCCUAUUUCUGGAUGUGUCUGCGAGAGUGUUUCUAGAAGAGACUAGCCUUUACCUCUAUAAGAGAUUUGCUUUACCAACAUUGGUUUGUAUCAUUGAAUCUUUUGAGGACCCGAAUAGAGCGAAAAGGCAGGGAGGGUAAAUUUACUUUCUGUUUGAGCUGGAACAUCCAUCUUCUCCUACCCUCUGACAUCGGAGCUCCUAGUUCUCGGGCCUUUGGACUCAGACUGGGACUUACACUAUCACCCGUGUCUUUGUCCAUUUGAGGUGCUAUAGCAAAAUACCAUAAACUGGAUAGCUCAUAAACAACAGAAAUUUGUUUCUUACAGUUCUGGAGUGGGGGUAGUCCACGAACAAGGCACCAGCAGAGCCAGUGUCUGGUGAGGGUCUGCUCUCUGUUUCAUAGAUAGCACCGUGUAGCUGUGACCUCACAUGGGGGAAGGGACAAGGAGUCUCUCUUGGGCCUCUUUUAUAAAGGCAUUAAUUCCAUUCAUGAGGACUCUGCCCUCAGGACCUGAUCACCUCCCCAAGACCCCACCUCCUAAUAUCACAUUGGUAAUGUGGUUUCAACAUGAAUUUGGGAAGGACACAAACAUUCAGACUAUAGCAACCCCUUACCCCCUUCUCAGGCCUUCAGACUCAGACUGGGACAGCAGAUUUUGGGACUUCUUGCCUUCUAUAAUUAUGUGAGUCAAUUCCCUUAAUAACUCUCUAUAUAUCUAUAUAUCUACUUAUCUUCUAUUGGUUCUGUUUCUCUGGACAAUUCUGACCAAUACAGAUGUAUACCAUUGUUUAGCAUCUGAGUGGAACAAAAUUACAACUGCUACGUUUGUUUAAAGAAAAUCUAUAGGAAUGUCAAUCUAAUGCUUCCGUCUCUUACAUAAAUAUAAUGGUGCUAAGUAGAAGUUUAGUAUUUAUAAACCUUUGUUUAUUAUGUAUGCAGUAUAGCCAUUAUGGACUAAUAUAAAUAAAUGAGAUAAGAUAGGAUCAACGAUUUUCUGAAGCAGACCAAAAUGAACACGUGAAAAUCAGGUGCUUGAAACAUGAUAACCUACAUUUAUUUAGCUCUUUACAGAUAAGUGGUUUGCUCCUCACAACAAUGCUGAGAGUUGAACAGAGCAAAUACUCUAUUAUUUCCGUUUUACAGAUUUAAGGCUUACAGAGAUUAAUUAUUCAAGAUCAUUCAGUGACAGAGCUGAAACUUGAACACCAGCCCCUCUUUUAACUCAAAAUCUGAAGCUCUUUCCAGCGCACUGUCCUGCCUUUUUUAUGAUUUCACCAUGCCAGGUUCCUGAGACAGAUGUAUAUGUGAGAAGAAAAAUGAACUAAUGUGAGUGUUUCAUAUCAUGUUCUCUUUUCAAGUGAAUUAAUUAAAGAAUUGGGUUUUGGAUUAGAGUGUGUGAAUUUCAUGAGAUCUGAAUCUUAUGUUUAUCCUUUCACAGAACAAUAGACAUGGUAUUUUACAAUUGCAGCAGUUGAUUUGAUUGACCACCCUUUCUGCUCAGAUUACUCAAACUGACAACUCACAAGACAAAAACACAAGGUCACAAGACACUGUGGGCUGCAUCCAGCUUUAGGUUUACUUAUCUUUAAGAAAGCAUGCACACCAGGCAACGAGAAAGCAUGGAUUGCAAAAGCAGAGUGGAAGUCUUAUGAGUCCAGGCUAGGCUUCCAAAUGUCUCAGUCUCUCUGUACCGAGGAUACAUGUGGUCAUGUGAGACAAGACUGAGUGUGUGUGGAAAACCAUCAUUAGUGGAGCCAUCGGCUCUGGGAUUCCUUCAGCUUUCAUACUUUGUUAAGGUGAGAAACAAAAAGUACAUAUGGAGGUCAAAAUAUCCCCUUCAUUUUUGAUAAUAGCUUACUUGAUUGGCUUGGCUUUACAUCUGUUACCCAAGUGGGUUGUUAAUACUGAGCUCUGUCCUACCCAUGAGGAAAUGUUUCCCAGGUAAGCUUCAGGGUUUGGAGGCACAGAAGAAGCUUGUGUUUUUUGUUUUCUUGUUGUUGCUAUUGUUGAGAUAGGAUCUUGCUCUGUUGCCAUGGCUGGAGUUCAGUGGCACUUUCGUAGCUCACUGCAGCCUCGAACUUCUAGGCUCAAGCUAUCUUCCCACCUUAGUCUACCUAGUAGCUGGGGCAAUAGGCAUGUGCCACAAUGCUUGACUAAUUUUAUUUUAUUUUUUGUAGAGACAGGGUCUCGCUAUGUUUCCAGGGCUGGUCUUGAACUCCUAGCCUCUAGCAGUCCAGCCAUCUUGGUGUCCCAGAAUGCUGGCAUUACAGCCAAAAAUCACUGCA